UUUCCAACACUAACGGUGGCGUUUAAAUUUUGUUUCGCUUGUUUGUUUACAUGGCUUUAGUUUUUGAUAAAUAACAACAGAUCAUAGCAAGUGGCUCGUUAAGUCUACAAAAAAAAGGCUAGCUAUGUUAUCCAAUCGGGCUUUUGGAGAAACUAUUGAGGACUAUGAAGUACAGCACUUGCUGGGCAAAGGUGGUUUUGCGAUUGUAUACAAGGCGCGAUGCCUGCACACUCACCAGGAUGUGGCCAUAAAGAUGAUCGAUAAAAAACUGAUCCAGGGCACUGGACUUACUAACCGCGUUCGCCAGGAAGUGGAAAUCCACUCCCGCUUGAAACAUCCCUCCGUGCUUCAGCUGUACACUUUCUUCCAGGACGCCAACUAUGUGUAUUUGGUGCUCGAGCUGGCCCAUAAUGGGGAGCUUCAUCGCUAUAUGAACCACAUUGCCAGACCCUUCACAGAGACGGAAGCUGCUUCCAUCCUGAAACAGGUGGUGGCGGGACUUUUGUACCUCCACUCCCACAAUAUUAUGCACCGCGACAUUUCGCUAUCCAACCUCCUGCUUAGCAAGGAAAUGCACGUUAAGAUCGCCGAUUUCGGACUGGCCACCCAAUUAAAGCGACCUGAUGAGCGCCAUAUGACUAUGUGUGGAACCCCCAACUAUAUUUCACCUGAGGUGGUGUCACGCUCGUCUCACGGACUGCCCGCGGACGUCUGGAGCGUUGGAUGCAUGCUGUACACCCUGCUGGUGGGACGCCCGCCCUUCGAAACUGAUGCGGUGCAGUCAACCCUUAACAAAGUUGUAAUGUCCGAGUAUAUUAUGCCGGCUCACUUGUCUUAUGAGGCGCAGGACUUGAUAAACAAGUUAUUAAAAAAGCUCCCGCACGAGCGGAUUACCUUGGAGGCGGUUCUCUGCCAUCCAUUUAUGUUAAAAUGCUCAAAUGGUGGACACUCGACGCCGGGAGCGUUGAAUAUGUUCAGCCAAAGUAUGGAAAGCGCCGACAGUGGAAUCAUAACAUUUGCUAGCAGUGAGUCCCGGAAUUCCCAGCAAAUUCGUUCUGUGGAAAACUCAGGACCACAACAAAUGCUUCCCCAAAUACAGGAGGAAUUCAAGCAUCAUAAAUUGACUUAUGAGCAGCCAGGUUUAUUUCGGCAAACUUCAACUGGCUUGGCAGAGCCGAAUUGGCCAGGAGCUGCUAAGGCUUCAGCGUUCCACAUGGAAAUCGGCAUGGUACCCACUUCUAAACCGGCACCUGUUAAAGAAGAUCGUAUUUCAGUGCCACCAUUGAACACUAAAAGACUACUUUCGACGCGUUAUAAGACAAAGAAUGCUAUAAUGAGUAUUUUGCGUAAUGGGGAGGUAGUUCUCGAGUUUCUUAAGUUUCGGCCAACGUAUAAUGAAGAUCGCAUUAUUGACAUUUGUCGCAUAUCGGAUGACGGACAGCGAAUCAUAAUUUAUCAGCCAGAUCCUGGGCGUGGCUUACCAGUAAGAGAGCAGCCACCAGAUCUACAAAUACCAAGUGGAGAUUGCGUAUAUAAUUACGAGAAUUUGCCCAGCAAGCACUGGAAAAAAUAUAUAUACGGCGCUCGAUUUGUAGGGCUGGUAAAAAGCAAAACACCUAAAGUCACUUACUUCAGUACUCUCGGGAAAUGCCAAUUGAUGGAGACAAUGACAGACUUCGAAAUUCGUUUCUACUCAGGGGCAAAGCUACUUAAGACGCCAACCGAGGGGGUAAAGGUCUACGAUCGAAAUGGAAUGUUUCUCUCAGAUCAUACCUGUUCGGAGUCGCGAUCCCUAAUAGAGCAUGGAAACGAGUGUUUCACCCACUGCAUUAACAUCAAUAAUGCCUUGGAAGUUGCCCAGACAAAAGACAAUUCGUGUUUUCCAGUCACAAUUGGACGAAGACCCGUAACAGAUGUACAGCCAGCUCAAAGAUUAGAUGGUCUACGGGAUACCACCAACAUUGCGUUUUCCACACCAAAAUCGAAUCAGGGCUCAAUAAACUUUUCCGUAAGCACAAUUUCCUCGACUCGAAACACUACAGACUUUGGAAACAACUGCUCCAGGUUGAACAUGCUAGCUUCCCAUCAAAAUAUUCCCAUCAAACGCAUCAACGUUCCUGAUGUUGGAAUAGCUACUGAGCUCUCCCAUGGAGUUGUCCAAGUUCAAUUUUAUGAUGGAUCCGUUGUCUCUGUUAUUCCGAGCAUGCAAGGUGGUGGCAUAACUUAUACCCAACCCAACGGAACUUCAACUCAUUUCGGCAAAGACGACGACUUGCCAUUUCCGGUCAGAGAUAGAGUCGGUCAGAUACCAAACAUUCAGAUAAAGUUGAAGACAGCUCCAUUGCUGGAAAGCGGCAGGAAAAUUGACUACAACAAUGCAACUCCCAAAACGACAACGCCUUCUUAUAAUCGCAUGCUUUUGUAAUUGAAUCAAAACUAUCUUCCCAACUAGUUUUUAAGUUUGAGCAAAUGUACUUGUAUUGUAAAUUAAAGGUAAAUAUAUUUUGUA